AAGACCAUUCGAUGCCAUUUUGAUGCAGUUUGAUGUCACAGAGACACACUCCUGUCCGUGGGAUUACAAACUAUAUGGGGCAUCCGACAUCCUAAACGAGAGGUGGCUCCUCAUGCAGCCAUCUACAGUCAAGAACUGAAUAGAAUGCAAUAAUCAAAAGUCUACAAUGACUCCGGGUACUGGCAUAUUACCACACAAUUUGUAAUGGGACGAAACACGCUUGCCAUUCUGAGAAUGAUGUGGCAAAAUGUGGUAUCCCAAAAAUAUGGUACUGGUACUGAGCCCUUAGAGCUGCGCUUAUUGAAGCAGCGAUUGGCCAAUGUAUCAUGUAAAUGCUAUAAACACUACUCCUCCAGAGGCUCGUUUGAACCAUCGAAUGACACGUUGCAGACGGUGCACCGCAUGAAAGACUGUGGGACACAAGCUGAGCGCGUAAUAUCAUUAGAUGCGAGGUCAACCUUUCCAGAAAGAUACAUUAAGGAUGCUCUUUGUCCCACUUGCAGCAUGACUUUAAACCUUUUACGUGGAGGUGCAGUCAAAGUACUGAAAGACCAGGAAUGUGAAACGACACCCGCAAUGUUUUAUUGUGACAAAUGUAUUGGACAUAAAGACUCCACGGGGGAAGCUCCAGGAAUUCUCAGUCCCACCCAACGUAAGCGUUUACAUCCUGAGAGGGUGACAUUCCGCGACGUGCCGUAUCAACGCUGUGUGGAAGCUAGCAGCAAACCUCUGAGUGGAAACGGUUGUGUUUGUUUAGAAGAUUUCAUUAACUCUAUUAGGCCACCCCUACCUCCAUUGAUCAGGGUAGGAAACAAAAUGUAAAUAUUUUACGAACAUGUUUUGUUCUUUUGUGGUUAAUGCCAAUACACAGAUUCAUUGUAUGUAUCCUUGAAUUCAUUGGAUGUGGAUGCACGAUCAACAACAUUUGUUCUACAUUGUCCUCUAUCUAAACGGUUUAAUCGUUCUUAAGUAGGUGCAAUAAAAGGAUGUGAGAAAACAAAAUAAUAUAUGUCUAGAUAAUAAUA